GCAGAGCUAAUAUGGUCGCCAGCGAUGGACUCUGUCAGGCCAGGAAGCCCUUACCAGCCCGUAAUUGAAGCAUUAGGAAACUAUCCACAAAAGAAGUUCUACAAUGUCUCAAAGCUUGGAGGCGCCAAGUAUGAUACUCUGCCUUAUUCCAUACGAGUGUUGUUUGAAUCCAGUAUCCGUAACUGUGAUGGCUUCCUAGUGAAAGAAACAGAUGCUAUGAACAUCUUAGACUGGAAAACAAAACAGAAUAAUGUUGAAGUGCCCUUCUGUCCUGCCAGAGUUGUUCUUCAAGACUUUACUGGAAUUCCAGCAAUGGUGGAUUUUGCUGCCAUGAGGGAAGCUGUGAGAAAUGCUGGAGGAGACCCUGUGAAAGUCAAUCCUGCCUGCCCGACUGAUCUCACUGUUGACCAUUCUCUGCAGAUUGAUUUCAGCAAAUGUGCAAUACAGAAUGCUCCGAAUCCUGGAGGUGGUGAUUCACAGAAGCCGAUGGCAAAGCUUUCUCCACUUAAAGCACAGCCUCGGAAGCUACCUUGCAGGGGUCAGACUGGCUGCAAGGGGCCGUGUAGCGCUGGAGAUUCGAGUCGCAACUCAGGACAAUUUUCUGCGCAGAUUGAGAACACACCUAUCCUCUGUCCUUUCCAUCUUCAGCCGGUGCCUGAGCCAGAGACAGUGUUGAAAAAUCAAGAGAUGGAAUUUGGCAGAAAUAGAGAGAGGCUUCAAUUUUUUAAGUGGAGUUCAAAGGUUUUCAAGAAUAUUUCCAUAAUUCCACCUGAGACUGGAAUGGCGCACCAAGUUAACUUGGAAUAUUUGUCAAGAGUUGUUUUUGAAGUUAAAGAUUUCCUAUAUCCAGAUAGCGUGGUUGGCACAGAUUCUCAUACAACCAUGGUAAAUGGCUUGGGUAUCUUGGGCUGGGGUGUUGGGGGGAUUGAAACAGAAGCAGUGAUGCUGGGGAUGCCAGUUACUCUCACUUUGCCUGAGGUGGUUGGGUGUGAACUGACAGGCACAGCCAGCUCACUUGCUACAUCCAUAGAUAUUGUCCUAAGCAUUACAAAGCAUCUUAGGCAAGCUGAUGUCGCUGGAAAAUUUGUUGAGUUUUUUGGGAGUGGAGUUUCCCAGCUGUCUGUAGCAGACCGAACCACAAUAGCAAAUAUGUGUCCUGAAUAUGGUGCUAUGCUGAGCUUUUUCCCUGUUGAUAAUGUGACAUUGAAGCACUUAAAGCAUACAGGUUUUGAUAAGGCCAAGCUUGAGGUCAUGGAAGCAUAUCUUAAAGCUGUGAAGUUAUUUAGGAAUGAUGACAGUUCUUCCAGGGAACCUGAGUAUUCCCAGGUAGUGCAAAUUAGUCUAAGUUCUAUUAUUCCAUAUGUCAGUGGCCCCAAGAGGUCCCAAGAUAGAGUGGCUGUUAAUAACAUGAAAAGUGACUUCCAAGCCUGCUUAAAUGAAAAGUCUGGUGUUAAAGGGUUUCAGAUUGCAGUUGAGAAACAGAAUGACAUUGUACCUGUUCAGUAUGAAGGAAAUGAAUACAAGCUAUCUCAUGGCUGCAUUGUCAUUGCUGCAGUAAUCAGCUGUACAAAUAAUUGUAAUCCUUCCGUCAUGCUUGCUGCAGGACUCCUGGCCAAAAAAGCUGUUGAAGCUGGCCUAGUGGUUAAGCCCUACAUAAGAACAAGUUUAUCACCAGGCAGUGGAAUGGUUACACAUUACCUCAGUUCAAGUGGAGUAUUACCAUACCUCAGUAAGCUUGGGUUUGAGGUUGUCGGUUAUGGGUGUUCAACCUGUGUUGGAAACACUGCCCCUUUGCCAGAAGCCAUCAGGAAUGCAAUAAAACAGGGUGAUAUAAUUGCCUGUGGAGUAUUGUCUGGAACAAAGAACUUUGAAGGACGUCUCUGUGACUGUGUCCGUGCCAACUACCUUGCUUCUCCACCUCUAGUAGUUGCUUAUGCUAUUGCAGGCACUGUUAGAAUAGACUUUGAAACUGAGCCUUUGGGGACUGGCUUUAAUGGCAAAAGUAUUUACUUACGAGAUAUUUGGCCCACCCGAAGAGAACUCCACACAGUGGAAGAAGAGUGUGUGAUAUCAUCCAUGUUUAAGGAGUUGAAAGAAAAAAUGGAGAAAGGAAACAAACGAUGGAAUUUACUGGAAGCACCUGAGUCAACUUUAUUUCCCUGGGAUUUAAAGUCUACUUAUAUCAGAUGUCCUUCCUUUUUUGAUAAACUUGCCAGAGAACCGGUUUCACCACAACCGAUUGAAAAUGCCCAUGUCUUGCUCUAUUUGGGAGAUUCUGUAACUACAGAUCACAUAUCCCCUGCUGGAAGCAUUGCAAGGAGUAGUGCUGCUGCUAAGUAUCUGACCAACAAAGGACUCACACCUCGUGAGUUCAACUCUUAUGGAGCUCGAAGAGGUAAUGAUGCUGUGAUGACAAGAGGUACCUUUGCAAAUAUCAAGCUUCUGAAUAAGUUCAUAGGAAAACCAGCUCCUAAAACAAUUCACUUCCCAUCAGGACAAACGCUAGAUGUAUUUGAAGCAGCGGAGCUGUACCAGAAAGAAGGCAUCCCUGUAAUUAUUCUAGCAGGAAAGAAAUAUGGACUGGGUAGCUCAAGAGACUGGGCUGCAAAAGGGCCUUUUUUACUGGGUGUUAAAGCUGUCCUAGCUGAAAGCUAUGAGAAGGUUCAUAGGAGUCAGUUGAUUGGAAUCGGCAUAGCUCCACUUCAGUUUCUUCCUGGGGAAAAUCCAAGUACUUUGGGUCUCACUGGCAGAGAGCAAUUUUCUAUAUUGUUCCCUCCAGAGCUGUCACCCGGAAUGACUUUGGAUAUUAAGACAAGCACUGGAAAAGUAUUCAGCGUGAUUGCCUUGUUUGAAAACGAUAUGGAGAUAACUUUAUACAAGUAUGGUGGAAGUCUAAACUUUGUGGCUCGAAGAUUCUUAUAGUAGCUACUGACUACAUGGGUACCUUGCAUAACUGGUAAUUCUGAAAAUGCCUUGUGUGAACCCAGGAAUCUGUACUGUGGAACUGCAAACAGUCCUAGUGUGCUCAAAGUUACUUCGUCCAUGGAUGUAAAAGAUUGUGAAUCAUUGUAACUGCAACAAGAUCCUUCCUGAUUUUAAAUAAUAUUCUAAUGGUGCUAUUAAACAUUGCUAAAAUCAACAUGUGUAUUGUGGCAGAGAGCUGUAAGUAUGGAGGAGAUGUUUUAUCAGACCAUUUUGUAAAUAAACUAUGCGAAAUCUGAAACUGAUUGUGCUGAAGAUUAUUAUGUAAGAAGAUUUUCUGCAGUUGUUUCCACUCGGUUUUUGCACCUGUAAAUCUGUGUACUGCUGUUUGUUGGUUUAAGGGUAGCAGAUGGCAUGGAAUGUUAACAGCCAACCAGAUUUUUUUUUUUUUUUUUUUGCAUCCAGAGCUUAAAACAGAUAUUCAGGUUUGAAUUUCUUGCUCUUUAGGUUAUGGACUGAACAAAAGGCAGUCCACAUGAGGCCCAUGGUAUCCUUUAUCACAGAUCAUGACUUUCUUACCUUUAUUAUGGGAUUAUAUUUCAUCUGGAUCCAGAUUUUAAACUGCUCACGCUAUGAAAUACUGUGUGCUUAGAAGUAUGGGAAACAUCUCUGUAUUUAAAAAAAUGCUCGCAAUUAUUUUGUUCAUGCAGGUUAAGUGUAGCGCCCCAGCUUUUUGGCAAGCUGCAGUGUCCUUUGAUUGAAGUUUGUCGUAUCUACUUCAAGGGAUGCAGUUUGUCAUUUACGACAUCAGUUUUUACUGUACUGUCUGCGAUGCCAUUAGACAAAGUACCUCCCCUUAGUAUUUUAACCUUUAAAAAUCUUUAAAAACAUUCAUUAGGACUGUUUAAAUUCCUCUGCUUUAAAUAUGACCUAUGUCUAAUAAGUUAUACUGACUUGUCUAAAUGUUAAAUAGCCGAGGUAGCCAUACCGCCUUUUAAUGCUUUCUAAUACGCUGUUAGUUUACAGCUCUUCCAAACAAGCAUCAAAUUCCCCUGCUGAAGAUCCCAGAAUACUGAACAAAUCUGGCUCUUACACCAUUGCAACUUCUAUAAAUUUAAUUGUCAGCACAUUGAUGGUAAAAAACCCUGUUCUGUAUUUAAUAUUAACAGAAGACGCACAGUUUCUGCAAAAGUGCUUGUUUUACCACUUAACUAAGCAUUGAUAGCUUCUAAUCUGUGCAAGCGACUCUUCAGCUUCAAGAUGCUAUUUCUGUGCUCCUGUAUGUUGAAAAGCUUCAUAAUACUGCUUAUGGUUUAUGUAGAGAUUAAUUUCUUUUGGAGAACAAAACUGCAAUAACUUGCCUAUAAAUUGUCAAGAUUUUGCUUUAAGAUUUUUUGCUCUUGAUAAGCAUUGUCUUAAAUAUCAAAACUUUCAAGAGGACUAUAUUAGCUUUACUACAUGUGCUUUCAAUUUAUAACCAGACACUAAGCUAGUAGACUUGCAAACUAACAGAUGCACUGUUCAAAUCUUUAAAUAGUAUGUUUCUGACAUUCCUUUAACAAAAAAAAAAAACACAUAAAGAAACGCCUGGCAUAAUUAUAUCAUUACAAUAUAUUAAUUUUUUGACAGUUCAAAUGUCAAAUUAGACUUCACUGGCAUAACUUUGAUACACCUUUUCUUAUUUUAUUGGACAAAUUUCCCUAAAGUUUGAAAUUCUGUAUAAUCUGUUUUUAUAUUUCACUAGUUUUGCUGUGGUUUUCUUUUAGUCAAGAUAAAAACCAUUCUGGUGACUCCUACCACUGAUAUGGGUGAUAAAUCAAUGCAUUUUUGAAUACUAUAUUCAGCUGAAUGCUGAAUGAGUUUCUGUUCUGUGAUACACUUUUGCUAAUUUUAUCCAGAGUUAUUGAGCAGAUCUUAUUUCUUGUGCAACACUGUCUAAUACUGUUUUUUCCCAGCUCAAAGGUAUAUUCUUGAUUUAGUUCGAGAAAAUGCAUGUUCAUUAUUGGGGAGCAAAUAGGAAUUUAGUACUGGCACAUAAUGAUGCCUCGUGCAGGUGAUAAAUAAAGACACAACUACAAGCCUGUUUAAAACUUGUGUAACUGCUAAUGCUUGAAUGGAACGUAGCCUCCCACCCUCUCUAGUGCAGUAACACACUCCUUGCUUCAGGAGCAGACAGUGAUCCAAGCCAUGUCAAGGUAAACCAGUAUUGUGAAGUUAAGUGCAAUUUCAAGGGAUGUGACUUAUCCGCAAGUUGUCACCAAUAAAGCUAGUCAUCUCUUCUAAGAGACAUGAUGGGUUUCAUUACCAUAGCAACUACUUUAAUUCUGCUGCACUCCUAUGUCUUAAAAUCAAUGAAAGCUUUUGAGCUGUGCUUUGGCACAGUUGCUCUUGAACUUCAGGCUCCUGCUGGUGUUGCUGCAGUGGGUCCAGCCCUAAAUAUGCCGAAGUCAAUAGCAUCUUUGUGAGUUGUGCAGACUGACUCCUACUCUUAAGAGCUAUAUGCCUGAAGUGUAGUGGGUGCUGCGAGGAACAGCACUGCUUAUGUACCCAUCUCCUGCUUCUGAUGUGGUAGCGAACUGCUGGCGAAGAUAACACUUGCCUGAUUAUCCAUGGUAAUGUGCCUGUCCCCUCUCCCUCGUGCAGCAGUGAAUGUUGUAAAGCCCAGUUCAACAGCCCAGCGGCAAAGGGAAGACAUUUAACUUUGGACACACUGCUAGGAUCCUAUGAGCUUUAGAUGGGCAAGAGUGACACCUGCUUUCUGGCAGUGGCAGGAUACGGUACAGUCAGAGGACUGCUGUGAUCACACACUAAAAACCAUUGUUCAAUUACACCUCUUUGUAGUAUCUUAAAGCAUAGGAGGAAAUGUACCUUUUUGAAGAGGUGACUCAGUGUGUUAGAUGUAUUUAACUUAGACUUCUCUCUCCAUUUUGAUUUGGGGGAAGAAUCUCUUCCAAUUUUUCUAAAUGUUUUCUCUCCUUGAGCCCCUCUUCCCCCCCCCCCAAACUACAAAGCUUUGGGAUAGUGUUGAUGUUUAUACAUUUUACACCUAAGUGUAUGAAACUAUGUAUAUUAAUCAUAUUUAAGCAACUGCAAAUCAAUGUCUGCUGUUUAAAGCCAACAGAACAGUGUAAGUUUUAAGUUCCGUAAGUAUUGUAUAGAUAUAUCUUAAGUUCAAUUGAUGACAAUUGUGCAUAAAAUGUUACUGAUGCUGUAAAUUAUUUUUAAUAAAGAAAAUUGUAUCACA